AUGACUUCUGAUGGCCACGAUGAGAGACAAGACGUUGACAAGUUCGAGAGCCACGCGGAUACUAUCAGAAGUAUCUUGGGCAUUCCGCAGGACGUAAGUCGGAGGAUUGCAUCAGACAGUCUGGGGGCGUACAUGCGCAUGAUCUUCAAAGACCAGUUCAUCCAUGGAGAUCUCCAUCCUGGGAAUGUGAUGCUAAAGCUGGCUGGCGGCUCGAGCAGUUCUCACCCUGGACAGGACAAGGCCGACGAUGGAGGCUCCUUGGUUGGCAAAGCCUCCGACCGCUUAAACUCGGUGGUGACCCGUGCUCGAGGUCAGCCUUUUGAGCUGAUCAUUCUGGAUGCUGGCUUGGCGAUACCACUCGCGCGGGAAAAAGUCGAGGCCUUGCGCUCCCUCGCGCUUGCGAUCAUCUACGGCGACUUUAACCGGGCUGCUCAGAUUCUGUAUGACCAGAGUCCCGACACCUCCAAUUGCCAGGACCCGCAGGCUUUCAAGAGCGGGCUGGCGAAGGCAUUCUGCGACUGCAGGAAGCAGGUCUACGAGGACGGGUUCGUGCAGGUCAGCGAUGCUGUGUUGGAGGCACUUCGUUUGGUUCGACACUACAAUGUAGGACUCGACACCACGCUCACGUGGACCCUGCUGGGAAUGCUCAGCAUUGAAGGCUCUGCGCGCCAGCUCGACCCAGAGGUGGAUUGCGCCAGAGCUGCGACGAGGUACAUCUUGAAUCUGCCCAGCUUGCGGAAAGAGCUCCAGAGCCAAUCCUGGCACACCUCAAGGCACAUGUUUACGGAGAUGCUCAUGAACCGGCUUGGAUUUGACUACUGGGAGUUGCGGAACUCCUGGUCGGUGACCUUGCCCUGGCAGAUGAAGUCUUAA